CGAAACGCGACAAAAGAUUUCAUAUUUAACGCAGAAGCAACAGCUCGCAGAACAUCUCACCUCAUCUCCAGCCAGCUGAAAAUUCUACAGAGAGACAUUCAUCUUUGUUCUAUAAAGCCACAGGUGCCGUAAACAUGUUCGUACUCUUCUUCUUCCUGUACUUCUCUCCAGAUCUAUGCAAUUCUCAGAUGGUGUACAGCAGAGUGAUGCCAUACGAUCCAAGGUACAUUAUUCAUAGAUCUCCUCCGGUACGGCGAUCGGCGAUGGAAGCUCUGGAACGACUCAGACUGCCUGUGACUCGAUAUUUUCCCCAGGUUGACACUCAAGCUGCUUCAGCUCCUUACCAGGCUCCUAUUGCACCUCUCACGGGCUAUCAGUUGACUUCUGAGGAUAUAUAUGCCUUACCUCCUCAGUGGACAGACGACUUUGUGCAACAGUUACCAGAAAGGAAUGAAGAUGAAGCCGAUUAUGGUAACUACGAAUACGAAGGUUCGUUAAAUCCUGUGUACAGGGCAGCUUACCCAAGCGAUGUCUACGCUCAGGAGCCGAUGGAACCAGAGGCAGGCGAUGGAAACUUGUACAAUGACUUGAUGGUCAAUUACCUGAUGGGCGAUUCGGAUCCAAAGGAAGUUAUGGACCAGUCUGAAAUUUUCGAUAUGCAGAGACGAAGCGGAGGCAAUAACGCUCAACAGAGCAAUGCAGGGGUUAUCAACAUUUCAAACGUACAAGAAGCCAACAAGAAUGCUAGUAAUUCCGCGAGCAACAAUUCCACCUUGGCACCGCCUGUUCCUUUUCCCUCUCAACCUUCACCACAGGUCCAAGUAACAGCAGUUCCUUCAGCACCUGAAAAGAAGGAAAUGAAAUCUCUCGUAAUUCCUGAACCCACUCUUGGUGAGAGGUCUGACCUAAGUGAAGAAUGGAGAGAGGAAGGACAGAAAGAAGAACCUCUGUUUAGACCUCUCCAGAAUAGCCAGAGGACAACGUGGAGCGAGUUGGAAGGACCGCUUGCAAGGGCAAAGAACACUCCAAAAAAG